AUGGACAAACACUUCUUGUUGCUCUUACCCGUCGUCUGCUGCAUUGUGGCAGUGACACCCCUGAGAUGCAUAACAUGCCACCUUCGCACACAGACAGAUCGCUGUAGAAGGGGCUUCGGUGUCUGUGUUGCUGAGAAGCACGAGACAUGCAUGAUCUUAAAGGUCUUCCAGGAUAACAUCCUCCAGUUAUCAUAUAUGGUGUGUCAGAGAUUCUGCAGAGAAUUGACAUACAAACUCAACGAUCGAACUUAUGUUCAUACAUGCUGCAACUACAAUUAUUGUAACUUCAAAAAUCUAAAAUAUUUUUUCUCCUAA